AUGGGGAUGUCUGCCAAGGAGAGCAAUUCCACUCGUCCCAGAGUGGGAGAAUGGCCAGAAUUGGAAAAAGCAGAGAAGCUGGCAAGAGCUGCCUUGAAGUGGGCAUCAGGGGUGUUUUACCAACCCGACAAGCUGGAUAGCCUUCCGCAGUACCAGGUUCGGGAGAUGCAGCGUAACAGGUUCAUCGAAUCCCGCAUCAAGUCCACCGCUCAGUCCUAUCUGGAAGGAAUGAACACAGGCCUCGAGGAACUGCAUUCUGCCCUCAUUGACGUCCAACACGUGGAGGAAGCCCUGGGGACCAUUCAGAAGGAUCUCACGUCAUGCAUUGAUUCUUUUGCGAGAUUGCAGGAGCUACGAGAACUGGCCACGGAACAUGACCAGCUGGAGGCAGUGGUCCAGAUGUUGCCCCAGCUUUUCUCAAGGUUCAAUUUGGAAAGCUUAAACUCAAUCCCUGCCUCUCCUUUACUCUUCUCCAUUGUACCUCAACUCAUUUCGGAAGGCUUCGGUCUCUUAGAAAGCCAGAACCUCUUGAAAGCUCAUCUUGGGCUCAUGGACUUGGAAAAUUUACGAGAUAGCAUCCUGUCCCAGGUGCAUAACCGCAACCUGCUCAGCCCCUUGAAUCGGACCAGCAUUGAGUCUUACUUCGGAGGUCUCCUGGAGCUGAACGAUGCCUUGGCCCAGCACCUGUGGCGCACAGUUGCCCGAGCCACAAAACUGGUGUUGGAGGACCCAUCUCUUUUGGUGUCAGCCGUACGGAUCAUUGAGAGAGAAGAAAAUAUAGAUGCCGUCAUCCUGCUGAGGUCCCAACCUCAUGGCUUCCUCCCCGGGACGCCCAAACACUGGAGAAGGAAAUUCUUCCGAGUCAUUCAAGACAGUGUGGUAGCUUCUUCUUUCCAGGCUGAGCCAAAGGAGACUCAAGGCCAGGGGCUUAGUAGCCACUUGGUAUCUCUGCAGGGUAGCAUCCUGGCUGAACUACGCGUCGUGAAAGAUUGGAUGGUCCAGUGCUGCCCUCAUUACAACAUCCUCACGACCUUCGCCACCAUGUUCCACCAAGGCCUCACCCAUCACCCAUCGAUACUUACCAGGGACCUAGACAAACAAGAGAUCUUUGUCCUCCACUGGGCAAUCCAUGUCUACCCAAGUUCUGAAAUGAUGGCUCACCCAGAUCUGCUUCCUGAAGUGGACAUAUCAACCAUGGGCCCUCUGCUUCCAGCAGAUACAAUAAGCUCUCUGGAAGAGUCUUAUCUGGGGAAAGUGCAGGAUAGCAUUGCAGAAUGGAUGCAGAAGGCUCUAGAAAUGGAGUUUGAGGAAUGGCUUUGUGGAAAAGAACCUGAAUCCGACUAUCAAGGCUUCUUCCAGACUACUCUGCCUACCAUCGUCAUGAAGAUGCUUGAUGAAAACGUUAGAGUGGUAUCGCUCAUUUCUGGUAUUUUCCAGCAGAAAGUCCUUGAAAUGGCUUUGGGAAGUUGGAAGCCUUUUUGGGCAGGUUAGCUGUAUGAGAAACUGGUGGAAUUUUGCAGAGCACAUCAGCAAGAGCCCAUAGCAUCUAAGUACUACAGAGCGAGAUUGCUGUCCACUGUCAACAACUGCUUGGCUCUCAGCUCCUCCAUUUCAGCCUUGCGUGCUAAUGGGUUGCCCCCGAAGCCUGCCAGGAUGCUACCAUCUCUACACGCGGCUUUAGAGAAGACUCAGAAGAAGGCAUGCCAACUUCUGGAGGAGAUGCUGGCUGACUUGAAGCCACUCUUGGCCCAGUUGCCCUGCCAGUGGCUGCUGGAUGACUGUCAGCUGACGAACAACAUCUGCGAGGUGAUUGACAAGCAUGCAGAAGGUUUCGGCAGAACUCACAAACCUGUCAGCAUGUACCUGUUGUCAGAAGCUGAACAUCUGGUCAUGAGCCAAUAUGUGAAGUCCCUCUUGCAGAAACGGAUGACGUGUCGAUCGGCCGAGGAGAGGACCAGAAUGUCCACAAGGAUGCUGCAGGAUACCUCUCAGCUGAAGGAACUCUUCUGUGCCCUGGGCUUGGAGGAGGACAAACUUUCCCUCAAAGUCAUUGCAGAUCUGCAGCAGAUCCUCAGUGUCAAGGACCCUUCUAUGCUUGGCCUGGAAGUGUUGGGAUUCAUGUCAAAAUAUCCUGAUAUCAGCGAGGACCACAUUUCCAUGUUUUACUUGCGGGGCGACAUUUCCAAAGAAAUCUGCAAUCACGUGCUGGGAAUCAUGGUGCAGAAUCCUCAAGUUCCGGAGAAUACCAACCUGUUUUUCAGCAAUAUCUUGGUUCCUGCUCCAGAGUGCCCCCUUUGCCUUGGCAAGACCAAGUGUGCCUGAGAGCGCCUAAUUGUAGCUGUUCCUCCUCCUGCUGCCGACUGUCUCACCUGCCUGUCUGAAUUCACUGACCUGCCCAGAGUUCAGUUGACAACCUUGGCACGGUGUGGAAAACUUACCCUACGCCAGGGGUGUCAAAAUUGUG